UCUAUUUAUGCACUUCCCAUGACAUUUUAUUCUCUGUAGAUUGCCUGGCUAUAUAUCAUGGUUAAACUGUUUUCAUUAUCACUCUUCUACAAAGGAGAGUCCUGCGUCAUUCCUCUCAUAGCAGAAUAUGAUACAGAUUCAUUUUCCUUCUUUCAAAGAAAAAGUGUGCAGGAAUUUCUAUCUUUUACAUCGAAAAUAAUUACUGAGAGAACUCAUCCUGGUAUGAGACAGUCUGUAAAAGAGCAAGAGCAUUUGUGUCAUGUUUAUGUUCGAGAAGAUCGUCUUGCGGCUGUAUUAAUAUCAGAUGAAGACUAUCCACGUAGAGUGGCAUUCACUGUGUUAACAAAAGUAUGCGAAGACUUUGCCAAGAAAUUUCCACCAUCAGAAUUAAAUAAUCCUGCCCCUAUGAAUAUUCAGUUUGAGGGUGUGAGAGAAAUGUUGUGCAAAUAUCAGAAUCCUAAAGAAGCUGACUCUAUGAGCAGAGUACAAGCUGAACUAGAUGAAACUAAAAUUGUAUUGCAUGGGACAAUGGAGUCAUUGUUACAACGAGGGGAAAAACUAGAUGACUUGGUGGCAAAAUCUGACCAGUUAAGCUCCCAAUCAAAAAUGUUUUAUAAACAGGCCAAGAAAGCAAACUCCUGGUGUUGUUCUAUUCAAUGAGGGAGGAUUUUUUUACAAGAAUAAUAAAAAAACUAAGCUGAAGUCCUUCACAUGCUAAAUGAAUGUUUAUUUUACAACAGAUUUUUUUCUUUUUUGGGCUUUCUUGUUAGUUUAAUAUUAAUAUAUAUUUAUAUAUGUUCUUCCCAAAUUACGUCUUGCUUGUCGUAUGAAUUAUGUUUUUUCAAUGUGCAAAAUGCUUUACUUCACUUAAACUAGUUAUUCUGUCUUUUCUGAUGUUUUUUUUAAAGCUAUAACACUGAUAAGGUAUCUUAUGUUGUAAAGAAAAGUAGUGCUAUAUCAAGUGGCCAUUGGCCAGUUUUACCAAGAUUUGUUUUUACAGAUAAAGAUACACAUGAAACAUGACAAACAUUUAUGGAAAAAAUGUACAAUAGCUUAUCGUGCGAACUUUCAUUUAGUAUAAUUUUAAGGGUUAUUUCCAUUUUUUAAUUAGAACAUGGUUCACUUCAUCAAAUAAAAAGAAAUAACAGUAUUUAAAAAGAUUACAUUGUAAGAAAACUUUUAACAUUGCACAGAUUCUGUUUGAUGUACAGAACCAAUCCUAACUGUUAAAACAUAACUGAAUGUUCAGUUUUAGCCAGAAUUUUAAUACUAGGUAGUUUCACCCAUGACCACAUAAUACAAUGAAUAUGCAUGCAAACAUAUUAAUCAAGUAAAACGCCUAUUUGUCACUGAAUCUGAAACCUACACAGUACAGGAAAAUGCAGUUUGUGUUAUCACGUAAUAGUUUUGGUCAUGUUUUAUUUUUUAUUAAAUCAUUGUAAAGACGUUU